GCGCCAGAUGAAGAGCUCCGACCUGUUUUUGAUUUUUACUGGCAUCUCGGCAUGUCCGACGUUGACAUUGCUGCACAUGUGAUGGAUCACUUCGACAAGGAGAGCUAUGGCAUAACUGUGUGGACUAUCCGCCGCCGCCGCAAAGCAUGGGGCAUCCGGAGCACUUGUAAGCAGGGACACACCGUCGAAAGCAUCCAUACCCAUGUGCAGGCGAUCAAGAAGCAGUUCCCAAACAUGGGAGCAGACCGACUCCGGAAGGUGCUGCGGCACAAUGAGAAGAUUCGCGUCUCCAAGCCAGUCGUCCUUGAGUACCUGCGGCUUACAGAGCCUGAGGCAGUUGCGGCGAGGCGCUUUCGCAAGUUCACGCGCCGCCAAUUUGUUGCAGCGGGUGUCCACGACAUGUGGUGUAUUGACCAGCAUGAGAAGCUCAAGCGCCACGGCCUCUUUUGGCACGUUGGGCUCGAUCCAUUUCCUGGGGUUACGCAUUGGUGCCGGGUGUGGUGGACGGUCAAGAAUCCUACUCUGAUCACGAGGUAUCAUCUGGAUGCUGGGCGCAAACUACAAGGAAUUCCGCUCACAACUCAGAGUGAUCCCGGUACAGAAAACUUCGGAGUUGCCUAUGCGCAGACAGCUCUGCGCCACAGGCUCGAUGCUGCGCUCUCUGGUUCCAUUCAGCACCGCUUCUUUCGCAAGCACGGGAACAUCAAACCUGAGAUCUUCUGGUCAUUGUUUCGUCGGUCAUUCAUUUCCGGAUUCGAGCAGAUGAUCGAUGAUGGAGUCGAACAAGGGUGGUACGACAUUGGAGAUCCGCUCGAGAUGUUGACAUUCCGAUACGUCUUCAUACCAUAUCUCCAGCGUGAGACGGAUGCCUGGGUCCAUCUCCAGAACUGGACGAAGCGACGUGCAGACCGCAAGAAGGUCCUUCCAAAUGGUAUCCCAAUGCUCGUGAUGCAGAAGCCGCACAAAUUCAAUGCGGCCGAUUACAAGGCUCGUCUUAUACCUGUCUCUGAUGAGCUCUUUGACGAGAUAGAGGCUAUAUAUGCCCCUCGGGAUGAUCCCGUCUUCAAGCUUGUCCCAGACGAGUUUGCGCUGCGUGCCAAUGCUGUGUGGACGGCUAUUGGCCGUCCGGAACCCCAAUUUGACACUGCCUGGGACAUCUACCGGCGCAUCCUUGCAGGUCUGCGCAGUAUGCCCGCUGAUGUCGCAUUUCAGAACAUGCUUGACGAAACAAGCGAUACUCAGCAGGCUCAUCACACGCCUGAAGAAUCUGGUUACGAAAUGUGUAUGCCAGCUAACCUUGAUGUUCCAUUCGCUCGCCAGUGUAUUGGAGAUGUAGUUAUUCCCUCAGAGCAAGUAGAGCAGAGCGACGCCGAGUCGGAGGCCGACUUGUUUGUUGAUAUCUCUGACACGGAGGCCGUCGAUGAUUCCGAUAGUCAUGGGAUUGGGUUGGACUUCUUCUGA